AAAGCAGAGACAAGAAGUCCUGGAACAUUAAACCGUUUUGAUAUUGUUUGCGGUAACAGCUGGGGAAGCCGUCUCCUUUAAUAGAUUAUUCUUCUCGCAAUGCAAUGGCAACUGCUUUGAAGAUAUUGUUUUAUUUAGGGCCAUAAAUCCGCUCACUGGGCGAACCUGCGCUGCACCUUAACCUCUGAGAAAGUGAAGUGGAAGAGCUCUGACUGUAUUGUUUGUCUCAAUUUUGGAGAGGUAGGUGAAUCCCGUGCCGGGGCCCUUUUUGAUGUGGAUGGCUUCAAGCAGGUGUUAUGGAUCUACAGUAUUUCCUGAGCUGGAAAGUUUCCCUGCUGCUUCUCUUGGUCCCAUGCAGGCUCCAGUGUAUGUCCGUGCACAUCUUCGGUAAGCAGCCAGUGUAUAUGAUGCCGAAGGAUGACCUGGUUCUGAAAGCUCUGAUCGAGCAUGGACCCCUGGAAGAGAUCGCCUCGAUAACUUGGGAGCGAGAGCUCGAAACUGGGAUCCCGCCGGAGACAGUGACACUGGCCAAGUGCACUGGCAGCAGUUUGAAAUGUGCUCCUAUGAAGCCGAAGGUCCAUGUGAACGUAGAGCUGCAGGAGGCCAAGCUGCAGGCCACGCUGCAGAUUAGUGACUACAAACAAGAGGACAGCGGCGUGUACGCAGUGACAGUGACGGAUCACGCGGGGAAAAAUACCACCGCACACUGCAUCGUCAGGAACUACGAGCCGGUGCACCACGUCUCAGUCAGCAUCAAUGAGUCUCACUCCUCGCUGGUUUGUGGCGAGGCCUGGGGGACCGACCCGCACUUCAGCUGGCUCCAUGAGAGAGUCGCCAUCACCAAGACGGUGGGAAGCAUCUCCAAAGAUGGAACGACGCUGUUUGUGACCAUCACCCCGAUCUGUGGCCACUUCACCUGCUUGGUCAGCAACAAAAUGGGCGACAGUUCUGCCACUUACACUGCAGCACCUUGUGAGACAGAGGGCAGAGGCACAACGGCGGCUGUAGUGAGUCUCCUCCUCCUGCUGCUGCUGCUGUCUGGAGGAGUGCUGGCAUUUCUGCUGUGGAGGCGACACAGGCACAGCAACAGAGGGGAGAGGCUGCAAGAGCGUUUCGAUGACACCAUCUGAGAAAAGAAGAAAAGGCCAAAGAUGCACUUCUGUUCCUCAGAAAGGAGAAUAGGAAAUAGACUGUGAGGUUGCAACUUCCUGUCCUGCAAGCAGUAUGACCUUAAACAGCAUUGGAACAAUGUGACGAGUGAACUGCUUGUUGGCAAAUCAUUAAAAUAAAAUCUAAAAAUGGAUAUUCAGCAUGAAGAGCCAGCAAUGUCUUUACACUGCCUCCUGCAGGGCUGCACCUGAAACUGUGUAUUUAACAAGGUAUUCUUUUUUGUAUGCUUGUAUCAGCUAUGCAUUGUAUUUUAAAAUGUAUCUUCAGAUGUUACUUUCAUAAUAAAAUCCCUUUUAAGAAUGUGACAAUGAGGAUUGAAUUG